UCUUGUUUAAGCCUAAUAUUCUCUUUCCUUGUUCCAGCUAAUUCUCUUUCCAGAUGACCCUGCAGGCGUUAUUUCUGGGAGCGCUCAGAACUGAAAGCAAACUGGUCCCAUUUCCUUGCCCUGAUGUAGAAUCCAAAAUGUUCUUCCUUGUGAGACAUUCACAGAAGGGGCUACUAGGGGUGAGACAAAAGAUAGUGGACAUGUCUGCUAACCUGACACUUUCUCCUACUUUGCCACCAGUUCUUUCUGUGUGGGUUUGGGAAAGUUUCUUGCCUAAUGCAGAGUGAAACAGAUUCUGACUCCUCCUUUGGUUCGGCUGCGCAGAAGGGAGAAGGGCCAAAGUCAGCCCUGCAGCACAGAGGUCUCUUGGCCAUUCUCUGUUUUCCACUCCUUUUUUCAGAAAGGGAGCUGUUAAGGGUGAUUCAGCUGCAUUUCUCAGAAAAGAGGCUGCCUCGCACCUCUUGACAUUUUCCGCUCACCUAAGGCCUUGCAUUGCGAGAGGAAGGGGAGGCAUCCACCACGGGCUUCCUGUGCCAAGGGACCACAGAGACGUUCCUUGUUGCUUUUAUGCACAGCAAGCAGCCAAGGCAACAUUCAGAUCUAUCCUCAUCCAGGUUGUUUUGCAGACUGGGAAAUUGUCGUUUGGUGCUUAAAGAGGUAGCCAGGGCAUCCAAGUGUGCAACUCCGAAGAGGGACUCAAAGAUGGGAAGAGGAUGGUCUCUCUGGCCUGCGGCUGUCCUUGGGCUGUUCUUCACAGGCAUCUUCACUGGGAAUCCUGAAUCUGGACAAGACUUAGCCAUCAUCGUGAAGCCUAAAGGAACAAACAUCACAUUGGAGUGUAAAGGAGGGAGCAGUGAAAUCAAGUGGAAGAAAGAUGGGAAUCCUUUAAACAACAUGGGAAAGGAGCUGGCCUUGGGGUCUGCCAUGGAUGACCCAAGAGGCUUCUACCAGUGCUAUGAAAAAGACCCCAAAAAGAAUGCCUCCCUGCAGGUCUUCUUCCGGAUGUGCCAGAACUGUGUCCACCUAAACCUCCCCACCAUCUUGGGAAUCCUCCUGGCCAGCCUUGUGGCCACCCUGUUCUUGGCUUUCCCUGUGUACUGCAUUGCUGUAGAGGAGCCAAGCCGACGGUCUCAAGUAGCUUCCGAUAAGCAGAACCUGUUGGCCAACGAACAGCUCUAUCAGCCUCUUGGAGAACGCAACAAUGGGCAAUACAGCCAUGUUGGGGUUGGCAAGACACGCCACCGGUGAAAAUUGGGUGAAGGAGGGGAGAGGCCAGUCUGCUCCUGGCAUUCCUGACUGUCUCUUCAGCUUGCUUGAACUGAUGGAUGACAGCUCCUGCUUCAGCGACCAAGACCUCCAGAUGGAAAAUGGCUUCAGGCAGUAGAGGAGAGUGCAAAGAUAGUUUGACUCUUGCUGUGCAAUUGUUUCUUAAGGUGACCAGGACAACCCCCUUUUCCCUCUCAUACUGGCGGAAUGGUAGACCUGCUCAGGAUUUUAAUCAGGCCUAGCCCUAAAAAAGAUCAGUGAGUAGGAUUGUGGAGUGAGGGUCUGUUUCUUUGCUAAACUAAAUAGCCAAUAAAGAAGACAAGGGGAGGGGUAUCCUCUCUGAGCAUGUUAAAAGAAAAUCCAGGUCCUGCCUACAGCUGAAUAGGGCCAGGUUAUGCUGCAGGACAGGACUGAGAGUGAGACUCCUGAGUCUGGUUCUUGGGGAAGUCCUUGCUUUAGAUGCCUAAAUUUAGGAGCAGAAGAUGGAGACUUUCGGCAUUUUUGUUAUUGUUGUUGUGUGCCUUCAAGUUGUUUUCGAUUUAUGGCGACCCUAAGGCUGUCUUCUCACAAUUAAAGUCUCUUGCAUGUCACCCCCAUCGGCUUUGCAGUUUACGUCUCCCUCAAUAAAGGCAUUGCUUGUUUGAUUAAAA